AUGUGUCCAGCUUGUAAAAGUAAAGUUCCUCGUGCUGGAGACAACUCCAAUACACCGGUAAAGUGUCAGGAUGUGGGGGACAGUAGUCCCAUCCACAAAGAUAUUGAUAUAGGCUUGGAAAUACGACUGUUUCGAAAUGAACUCGGGGCGAUGCGCAAUGAGCUAAAGGAGAUAAGAGACAAUGUCUCCAUAUUAAGGGACACAAUCCUCGCGUGCACUAAAAAUUUAAAGGAAAUCGAUACCAUGGUCACCAAGUUGGAGAAUCGAAUGGAAGAACAGGUGCAUAAGUGCGAUUCCAAGGAGGUCGAAGAGACAAUUGGUGAAUUAAGGAUCCAACUAAACGAGAGGAAUCAGGACCUAUUAGCCAAUGACUUCGAAAUAUCGGGAAUACCGGAACAAAAGGGUGAGGAUGCAAUUAACACUGUUUUGUUAUGCGCUAGAAAGUUAGGUCUUGAUGUUGAUCAGCGUGAAAUAGUCCAUGCCGAGCGCGUCGGUAAUUUACGCAAAGCUAUUAACAAUAUCAAUAGCUCUCAAGAAGGAGUUCCUGUGGGACUACGUAGAAUUGUGGUGCGGAUGAGCUGGCGUGCGCUACGAGAUGAAUUUAUACGUUCGGCCCGUGUGCGGCGCACCUUAACCACUGAGUCCCUGGGGUUACCCGGUGAGCCGCGUCGAUUUUAUGUGAACGAGAGGUUGACACCUUUGAAAAGAAAACUAUUCGGUAAAACUCGGGAGGCAGCGAAAAAAGCAAACUGGCGCUAUGCUUGGACGAAGGGCGGGCAAAUAUUUCUUCUACCGUUGCGCGAAGGUGCAGAUCUGUCCGGAGAAGCGGCACGACCUUGCCGUGUGCCGUGC